UCACACUAGUAAGCUGGGCUUCGGUCCAUUUUCCAUUCGCUUCCCUGCGUGCUCUUGUGUGUGUCAAAGCUGCUGAAGAGGGAGGGAGCAGCUUUAAAACUCCCAAACCGAACCACCACUUAUACAUCAUCGGGGCUCUAGAAAUUCCUUCUUGGCUGACUCACCACAGAAAAGGUUAUGCCAGCUCCCCCGCCAUUUCCCCCCUCGGCUGGGGGAUAGGAAGACAGAGGCGGUGAGCAAGCCCAUCUUCCUCCAUUUUCCUCCAAGGCACAGUCAGCCCGAAAAAAGAACCACCUUCUCUACUCCCACCGUGGCUGGGUCUCUCUGGGUCCUAGAGAGAGCUGGGUUUGGCGGACUCCCGGAGAUGGGGAAACAGAGGCACAGAAGUUCACCAACUUGUAAGCAGCAGAGCUGAGAUCUGAACCCCGGCUAUCCGGCUGUCCAAUCCAUGCCCCUCACCACUAUACUGCCUUCCAACAAUGAAUGCUCGAACUGAGAUCUAGAGAGAUGGAACAGUUUGUUAAGAUGUCACGGGAAUAACAUGCUGGAGGCAGGCCGGAAGCCAGGUCUGCUCUCUAUGUAAUGCUUCUCCCAGUCUAUCAUAGGGUAUCGGGCUGCUGAUACAGAGCCCUUGGGAAGAGAGGCACCAGGCCAGAUCUGAGAAGUCUAGAUAUCCGUGCAGAAAAAGGCCCAGCUUGGCCAUGUAGGUCUCCGCAGAAGAUGGGAGGAGCCAAAAAACAGAAACAAGUAUCAUCACCAGUCCUCCUUUCUAAAAUAGGGAAGUAGGUCGCUUUUCGGGGGUCCUCUUCAAGGUCUAAAUCAUUUUCUCUUCCUUCACUCAUUUAUCAGGGACUCCCACACACACAGCCAGAAGCACCCCAAGGUCAUAUCUGCCUCAUUGCAAUGGAGCACACAUGAAGAAAUGCUAUAUAUUAGAGGGAUAUUAGAAAGAUUAGAUGGGGUGAUCUGAAACCUGGUGUGUGUAGGAAGCUUGGGGUGGAGCCAGGGCUAAACAACAGGGAAGACUGGAGUAAAGGUUAAGUCAGGCCUAAAAUCUUCAACAGCUGAAGGGAUACAGUGGUAAGAGACUAGAGCAAAGCACCUACAGAGGUGCUGGCUUUCUGUUUGGGCUUCUUGCCACAACUGAAGAGCACCACUGCCAUGGCCUUCCUCUCCAGACUAGACCUUCAGGAAUGCCUCCAAACCCUGUCUGUUUUGCAGUGGCUCCCAGUCUACGUGUUUUUAGGAGCAAUUCCUGUUUUGCUUAUACCCUACUUUCUGGUGUUCACUAAAUAUUGGAUCUUGUCUGUGCUUGCCUUAGCCUGGCUCGCCUAUGAUUGGAACACCCACAGUCAAGGUGGUAGGCGUUCAGCUUGGGUACGAAAUUGGACCCUCUGGAAGUAUUUUCAAAAUUAUUUCCCAAUAAAGCUGGUGAAGACUCACAACCUCUCUCCCAAACACAACUAUAUCAUUGCCAAUCACCCCCAUGGCAUUGUCUCUUAUGGUGUGUUCAUCAACUUCGCUACUGAGGCCACUGGCUUUGCUCGGAUUUUCCCAGCCAUCACUCCUUCCGUAGGAACCUUGGAAUGGAUCUUCUGGAUCCCAAUUGUGCGAGACUAUGUGAUGUCAAUGGGUGUGUGUCCAGUGAGUGGCUUGGCCUUGACGUAUUUGCUGACCCAGAAAGCCUCAGGCAACGCUGUGGUUAUUGUGGUGGGUGGAGCUGCUGAAGCCCUCUUGUGCCGGCCAGGCGCCUCUACCAUCUACCUUAAAGAACGAAAAGGUUUCGUGAAGUUGGCACUGAAGACAGGAGCGUACCUUGUCCCUUCCUAUUCCUUUGGAGAGAAUGAGGUUCACAAUCAAGAGAUCUUCCCUGAAGGCACGUGGAUAAGGUUCUUCCAAAAAACUUUCCAGGCCACGUUCAAAAAAAUCCUGGGACUAAAUUUUUGUACUUUCCACGGCCGGGGCCUCACUCAAGAAUCCUGGGGCUUCCUUCCUUUCAAUCGGCCCAUUACUACUGUCGUCGGGGAACCCCUGCCAAUCCCCAAGAUUAAGAGGCCAGACAAGACGACUGUGGACAAGUACCAUGCACUCUACAUCAGUGCACUGCGCAAGCUGUUUGACCAGCACAAAGUUCAGUAUGGCCUUCCUGAGACCCAGGAGCUGACAAUCAUAUAACAGGAACUAGAUCUCCCCCAUUACUAAACUCCUAGAACAUUGAGGGAUUCAGAUAGGGCUACCCAGGAGGAAGAAUUUGGGCAGAGAGGAGGAUCUCAGGCGUGAGAAAGGCCAAACAAGCCAGCAAGUACUUAAUGAAUCUCGCUUGGCAGAAAGAACCAGAGGGGCAGAGGAAGAGUAGGGAACAACCAACUUUAGAAAGCAGACUCUUGUGAAUCCACAGAUCUUUUCUGCCCCAUGGCUCCAACCAGCUCUCUGAUCAAAGGAAUUAGAAGACAAAGAACACCACUGCUUCUUUCUCCCGAGCCUUAAUGACACCAUACUAUGUAGCUUGAGGCUUAGAAGACUUGUUUAGAACAGGAAUGGUUUGUUUCCUCUUCCUCCUUACAGUUUGGAAAACACAACAACGUAAACCAGAGACCUGACCUGUAGUUUCUGAUCCAAGCAGAAAGGAUUCCCUCAGUUGUGACCCAGUUCUACACUGGAAAAAACUUUUGCAUGUAGUUAUGCUGUUUAUUCUAUAAAAAUAAAGGUCUACUCCUGAAACUAACAUUAUACUAUAUGUUA